UUCAAAGAAAGAAUACAUAAUAAAAUGUGAUAAAAAUCAAGUUAACGUUUUGUUAAUUUUUAAAACGGAAAGGUUUUUUUGAGAAGGCUUCAAAAGUCUUACAAAAGAAAAAGGCACAUUGGUAUAGGAGAAACGUAAGGGGUGUGCAUCAACAGCUCAAGUCAUGCACCAUGACUACGACAUCUGAUCGAACACACAUCUGUUUAGUAGUUCCAUAAAGAACAUUUUCUGAAAAGAUUAGUAAAGUGUUUAAAUCAAAAAAACAAAAUGACCACUAUUACACAUGAGUAUUGGAUGAACUACUUAAGGCGUGGUGACGCACAGGAAACAAGGGAAAUUGUAUCAAAGCAAGCUAUUUUCGACACUGCUUGCCGUGUUGUUAAACUUUCUGAAAGUGAAAUAGAAGAAUUAAGUGAUGUUUUACUUAAAAGUGAAAAGGAUACGCGUGAAAAAUUGUUACCUAUUAUUUCUUUGCCUGCUAUACAAAUGAUCAUUUAUAGUAUUGUACAAGAAAUAAAACAAAAUGUUAUGCAAGGUCAAUCGUUAAGCGAAGAAUUGAGUUAUCGUUUGAAAAAUGAUAAAAGGCUUAAUGAGUGUUUAUGUGAAGCUAUGGAUAACAUAAAAGAUCAAGAAAUAGAAAAACCAAUAACUUAUAAAGAUAUUCAACAAGUCAGCUCAGCAGUCCCUACCAUGGAAGGAAUUCGGGAGCAUGUAAAAAAAAAAAGAAAUGAGACGUGGAGUGAUUUACCUCAAGAAGAAGUGGCUGAACGUUUAUCAAAAGGUGAAAUUUUACCCAGAGAAGAGUGGAUUCCGGGUCAUGGAAAAGAAAGAAGAGUAUUGAAUCAUAAUGACACCAUGGCUCAUUUAAACUUCGCUACGAGAUUACAUAAAGAAGGAAAUGAUGCUUUCCUAAAUUCAAGUUACGAUAUCGCUUUAUUGCGUUAUACACAAGGUGUGCAACUACUUAACUGGGUAGAAGGAAAUAAUACAGAAGAUACGCAGGCGUUGGAAAACAUGUUGUUAACAUUUUAUAAAAAUCAAGCUGCAGCUGCUCUUUGUGUUGAAGAUUAUCGAGUGGCUGAGGAGGCAGCAACCCAUGGGCUUAAAAUGGAUCCUCAUGACGCCAAAUCUUUAUACAGACGGGCUGAAGCUUAUUUAUGUUUAGGACAAAUAUCAUUGGCUAUGAAAGAUUAUAAAUCUAUUCUUCGUUCACCUCACGCAGAUACCAACGCUUCACAAGCGGCAAGAAAUGGCAUUCGACGGAUUCGUUGUAUUGUUUCAAAAUGGAAAACAGAUGUAAAGGAAUUCGUGCCUACUGCUGUCAAAGAUGAUACUUUUAGUGAGCAAAGGUAUCAUGUACAAAAGGAGUAUCAAAACUAUUUGAGAGAUAUAGAUGGUUGCCAAUAUCCUCCUAAAAAAGAAUCUUUAAAAAAAAAACAAGACUGGGAAUUUUUUUGUCGAGUGAUAUGUCCUUUAGCAAUUUUAGAGGAUAUAGCUACAAAUCCUAAAAUUCAUGUCUCUUGUGUGUCAGAGGAAGAUGUGGAGUUAAUUUUGCAGUCGAUUUUGAAACGUUACACGGAACCAGAUAUUCAAAGUAUUGUUCAAAAAAUGUCAAAAGAAGCAGAUUUUGAAGAACCGAGAAUUUUCAUUCGAGUCACACCCGUGUUAUUUUUACAUUUAGAAAAACUUUUAGAGCCAUGGGAAAAUUUAGGUAGUACCAUUGAAGAGAAACAACGCAAUCUCGUUCAAAGUAUUAUUCUAUAUAAAGGGUGUCCAAACAUUGAUUUCUUUAUUAAGAAUUUGUAUUAUUGUAUCAUUGGAGAUAAUGCAGAAAAUCUUUAACACUGUCUCUCUAUUUGAUUAAAACAUUUUGAGGCUUAAGAAUGAAAGUAACACUAUCACAAGAAUAUUAAAAGAUUGUAAACGAAUA